AUGACCUCCCGCGUGAACUGGGUCUCGGAUGGGCGGGGUUUUUCGCUCCGAUCGGCGCCACUUCGUGACUCGACGACUCGCCAGACGCCUCGCGCCGCUCGUGCUGCUCGCGCUGGCCACGCCUCGGCUGGGCUUUGUCGCUUCGUCCGGCUGGGCGUCUGUCUCGUGUUCGCCUCGUUCGUCCGGUUGCACAGCCUCUCGGUCCGUCUGGUCGCGGCGGCUCAGUUAAAGGCCCUCGCGGCCGACUGCCAGCGCCACCGCCUGACGCUGGCGCGCGGCCGACAGCCGGUCUGCACCUGGUCGAGUCGCUUUCGACCCGCCGGCGUCCACGUGAUAGCCAUUCUCUCUUGCCUUCUUCUCUUGCUGCACCCCAGCAAUCAGUUGCGCUCUCGCCUGCUGCCCGAGACGUCCGGCACUGCAGCGCCAGACGAGCCAGCUGGCCUGCCGGGCCGAUCGAUACGACAGUCGGGCCACGUCUGGUCGUCGCCUCAGCCAGAGGCCCGUCAGCCGACUUUACAGCCCGCCACCGGCCCAGCGGACCGAGUCGCGUUGGUCGAAUUCGACUCGCCGAGCGGGCAGUCGUGGCCGCGCCUCGGAGCGUCACAAAACAGCCAAUCAGCGGCUUGGACGGCCGGUACGACUCACUGGCAGCCGACGCCUCGAGGCAAUGACGCCCAGCACCGUCUGCCCGGCCCGGCCGUCGGACACGCCUCCACCGCGGCCUCCGUCCCCGCCUCGGCCGCUCCGCACCGCCUCGACGCCUCUCUCGUCAGUCGCUUGCAGACACGUCAAUCCUCCGUUCCUCCGGCCAGAUUGGCCGCCGGGCCGAGUCAGCAUCAGCAGCGGGCCGCCAAUCAAACGGGCCAUUUCGCCAUCAGAAGCCGCCCCGGCGUCGGGAUGCCGACGACCAAUCGACAGGUGGACACGUCCGAGUCCGACUCUGGCUACGGGUCCGGCGCGGAGUCGUCCACUUCCGGUCAGAUGGUGUCGUCGGGCAUCUGCGACCAGCCGAACAGCUUCCUGUGGCGACAGCGCAAGGUCUGUCUGCUCUAUCCACAUCUCAUGGAAAGUGUGGUGCGAGGCUAUUUUAUGGGCCUGAAGGAGUGCGAGCACCAGUUCUCGAGGAGUCGCUGGAAUUGUCAGGGCUACAACAUGACCAUACACUCUCCGGCGCCUCGGAGACGCCGAUCCAGACAGCAGCGAGUCGGCCUCGACGAGGCCAGAACGGCCGAGGGGACAAGCCUUCAGCCGAUGCGAAUAAAGACGUAUUUGGAUAAGCUGCUCAAUCGGGACCACUUUGUGCCGGAGUGCCUCUUCAUUCUCAACAGACUUGCAUCAAUUGGGCCGCAGUCACACCCUGCGUUGCCACCAACAGCACCACCACCACGACCACCAUAUCCGCCAUCAUUAACACCUACACAGGGCACCAAGAACGUCAACAGUUUUGCCACACCCACCACCAUAACCAUCACCAACUCGACCGCCAUCACCGUCAUCUCCACUAACAUCACUAUCACU